AUGCUGACAGCAGACAGUGAUGCUGAGCUUGAAGAUAUCUUCCUCACCAACGUUUUUGCCCCCAUUCGUCUCGCGCGUACAGUGCUCCCCCACAUGCGGCGUACAGGGGCUGGUGUCAUCUUCAACGUGGCCGGAAUCGGCGGAUUCAGUGGCAGUCCAAAUGCAGGAGCAUAUUGCUCUUCCAAAGCAGCAUUGGCUACGUUCACUGAGGCUCUGCAGAGAGAGACGGGCCCAUUGGGGAUUCGUGUGUGCCUAGUUCAGCUUGGACAUUUUAGAACUGCAUUCUUGAAAGCCGGACACAGGCUUCACACUGCGCUGCGCAUUGUUGACUACGACCCAGUGCUAGACCCACUGCGGAAGGCUUUCAACGGAUUGGACGGACACCAACCCGGUGACCCGGGGAAGGCCGCAAGAGCGUUGGUCCACAUUGCAAGCUUAGGUGCAGAUAGCAUUCCUACGCUGCUCGCCCUGGGGUCCGACGUAGUUCCUGCGGAGUUGAGUGCCCACGAAGCCAAACGACAAGCAUUCUUGGCACACGAUACAUGGACCAACAGCAUGGGGUUUGACGCGUGA